GAGUAAACCACCAUGUGGGUGUGGGUCAUUAGGAAAAAAUAAUAUGGCGGCAUCUCAAGUGACAGAAGUGAGCAAGGCAAAGUCCUUUGGAGGAUGGCAGAAAGUGUUUCAGCAUCACAGCGACGUCCUUAAAUGCGACAUGAAGUUUGCUAUCUACCUUCCUCAGGAAUCAGAGACCAAGAAAGUCCCAGUAAUUUACUAUCUCUCUGGACUCACGUGCACAGAACAAAAUGUCAUUGCCAAAUCAGGAUUCCAGAGAUACGCUUCUGAGGCCGGAGUAGCCAUAGUAGCGCCAGACACGAGCCCAAGAGGCUGCAAUAUCGAGGGAGAAGACGAUUCCUAUGACUUUGGCUCGGGAGCUGGUUUCUAUAUUAACGCUACAACAGAGAAAUGGAAAGAGAACUAUAAUAUGUAUUCGUAUGUAACAAAAGAGCUCCCAGCCGCUAUUGAAACAAACUUCAACAUUGAGCCGUCUCGCAAGUCCAUAUUUGGGCAUAGCAUGGGUGGACAUGGUGCUCUGAUUUGCUACCUAAAGAACCCUGGGUCUUACAUAUCUGUAUCUGCCUUUGCUCCGAUAUGUAACCCGUCUAACUGCCCUUGGGGAAAGAAGGCUUUUACGGGUUACCUUGGGCCCGACGAGGAGACGUGGAAAGAAUGGGAUGCUACAGAGCUUGUCAAAAGCUACAAAGGUCCUAACCUUGGCUACAUACUCAUAGAUCAAGGGGCUGACGAUAAUUUCCUGAAAGAGAAGCAGCUCCUUCCGGAGGCUUUCGUUGAUGCAUGUCGCGUGAGUAAUGUCCCUGUUGUCCUUCAAAUGCAAGAGGGCUAUGAUCACAGCUAUUACUUUGUGUCCACUUUCAUUGGAGGACAGAUUCAGCAUCACGCCAAACUCCUCAAACAAUAAGAAACUAAUAACUAAUUUAUAAUUACUGCUUCGCUAGUUAAUGAUAAUAAACUACUUCAUUAAUUCACUUUAGUAACGGAUGAAAUAAUUUUGUUUCUUUUUUGAUUAGAUAUAAAAAAUUGAAGUGAUUUUUGUCUCUCUUUGUUAAAAUUG